AUGCUGCGUCUAUUUCUCUCCACGCUUGCUUGUCUUGUUACACUUGCAUCUGGCCUUGCCUUCCCAGGUGCAGUGGGCUUUGGCUCCGUCGCAACUGGCGGGAGCACUCCUUUUGUGGUCACCUCUUUGGCCGACUCCGGCACUGGGACUUUUCGCGACGCCGUCUCAGUCUCUGGCCGAAAUAUAACGUUUGCCGUGUCGGGUUAUAUUGUCCUUUCGUCUCCGGUAUCUCUGUCAAGCUCAAUCACUAUCAAUGGACAAACUGCGCCUGGUAAUGGGAUCGGUGUUAUGGGCAGAGAAAUUAGUGCAAGUGGUAAAAACAACAUCAUCAUUCGUAACUUCCGCAUCCGCCAAGGCAACGUGGACUCCGAUACUGGUAAAAGUGCAUUCAACAUGGGCAAAGCUUCGAAUGUCAUCUUGGAUCAUUGCAGCGUUGAAUAUGGCGUCUGGGAUUCGAUUGAUGCCGUGGGGACCGCAAAUGUCACUGUUAGCAACAGUAUCAUUGCCUACCCAAUUGGGCAACAAUUUGGCGCUCACUUGGAAACGGGCCCUGCAACUUGGUAUCGGAACCUUUGGGUCAGUGGCCACAACAGACAGCCGCUUACCAAAGCCAACACUCAGUAUAUCAACAACAUCGUCUAUAACUAUCAGGCUGCCUACACAGUCGCCAACACCGGCGGACUGUUCAGUCAUGACAUUAUCGGGAACUACUUCAUCGCAGGACCGUCUACUACGAGUGCCAACGACGACUACUUUCAGAUGAACGCAAACCAAAAGGUGUUCGCCAGUGGCAACUUCCUCGACUCAAACAAAAACGGUGCCCUCGAUGGUUCUGCAGCCAACAGCGUUGGAAGCGCAGUCGUACUUUCCUCCGCUUGGAAUUCCGGCUCAGUCGGUUUGGCUACUCUCAGCCCUCAAUCGGCUUACACUACCGUCUUGGCCUCUGUUGGUGCCUCUCCGCGAGAUGAGGUUGAUUCGUUUGUCAUCUCUGUAGUCCAAUCGUUGGGUACGAAAGGUGCCAUAGUGACGAAUCAAGCGUCCACAGGAGUGAGCAAUAAUGGAUAUGGAUCACUUUAA